AUGCCAGGCAGGUUGGUCGUCGCUCGAUCCCAGAACCCCCCCGGCAUGAACAACGCCAUCUCGGGCGCGCGGACCCGAGGAACCAACAAGGGUCAUGGAGGCGGGGUCAUUCCGCGCCGCAAACCCGGGUUAGAGGCGCGCAGUAUCAGAGCACACGCAGCAAUGAGUUUCCUCAAGGACCGGGUCGGGCCGACCGACCAAGGUGGGCCGGGCUGGGCGGGUGCAGCUCGACGCGAAACCCAGGAGAGAGGGAUUGGGGGAACGUACGGAGGAGAACGCACCAGGAGCCAGCGAACGAGCGGCGAGGAUCUGCAGAAGGAGAGGCGCGAAAGCUUGGGCCCUGGAGGGACAAGCGAGGCCAACGAUGCCAGUGGCGACAGGAAGCAAACGAGCCAUCCGGAGGAGCACGAGGAGGAGGAGGAGACAGAGCAGAAACACGGAGAUGCACACCAACCUGGGGAACGGCCGGAGGCGAAACUUGGGACCGCGGCCGAGGCGGGGCCGCUCGAAGGGCCGAAGGCCUGGGAAAACUUGGGUGAUUAG